UCGGUCAGUCAGGGAUAGAGGGAUAAAGGCUGAUAAGGCUGCAGCAGACAACCGGUUACAGUAGAGAAAAAAGAGAGGAGAAGAGCGAUCCGAGCUGUAUCCUCCCUGCUGCAGCUUCUCUCUGUCACUGACUGACUGAUCCAACACAGAUGAUGUCAUCAGAACACCUGACCUGCGGUUGGCUGCAGCAGCUCCUCGUCGUACUUGUGAAGCUUUGCCUCACUUUUGCUGGGCCUUUGCGACCACUGAAUGGGACAGAAUGCACAGCCAAGAGUCCUGCUUCCUACAUCCUGGUCUUUACAGGUCACUGGAGCCCACAGGCUUUCCCCAAGCAGUAUCCGCUGUUCCGGCCCCCUGCACAGUGGUCCAAACUCAUAGCGGUCAGCCAUAAUCGCCAUUUUCGGCUCUGGGAGGAGGGCGCUCCAGCCAGUGCAGGGGUGCAGAACUUUGCUGAACUCGGGGUGACGGUGGAGCUGAUGAAGGCAGCCAAGGAGGCCAGGAGGAAACGCGUGGUCGGCGCCAUGUACCGAACGGCUGGCAUCCCCAACGGCAUUGGGCACAGCUCCACGGAGAUGCUCAUGCAGCCGCGGAGCUCGUUGUUGUCUCUGAUGGUGAAGAUGAUCCCCAGCCCCGACUGGUUUGUUGGUGUGGAUAGCCUAAAUCUUUGCGAGGGCAACCAGUGGAAACAAGAAGUCACCAUUGACCUCCAGCCUUAUGAUGCAGGGACCGACAGUGGUUUCACUUUCUCCUCUCCGAACUUCCCCACCAGUCCUCGAGAAAACAUCACAAAGAUCACGUCUCAGAUGCCAAACCACCCGGCCAACUCCUUUUACUACCCGCGCUUAAAGGAGCUUCCACCGAUUGCCAGCAUAAAGAUCACUCGACAGGGCAGAUCACCUGAGCGUCAAACCCAAAUGUCUAAUCAUAUUCUACCAAACUCCAUCAGUCCCCAGCGCUUCUCAGCAACACCACUCGACUGUGAGGUGUCUCUCUGGUCAUCUUGGGGUUUAUGUCUGGGUCCCUGCUCCAGGGGCGGCGUUCGCCACCGCACACGUUACAUCCUCUUGCGGCCGGCCAAUGCUGGCACCCCCUGUCCUGAGCUGGAGGAGCAGGCAGAAUGUGUACCACACAGCUGUAUGAAACUCCAGUAACCCACAGAGCGCUCAAGCACAAAUACUGCCAGUAUUCAACACUGGGACUUUCAUGUUAUUACUGCUGGACUGAGAAAGGUUGCUGAGCAUCUCUUUGCUGAGGAUUGUUUUUUGUCUUUGUUGCAGCCAAAUUGUGGAAGUUUAAGAUGUGCUGCAUUUACAGGUGAUGAACGUUAGUUUUAGAAUGAAUACUCCAUAGGGUGUAUCACAAUGGCAGUAAAGUCUGACUCUAAAGGUGUGUUGGACGAAUAUUAAAAAUUCCACAUUGGGCCCCUUUUUAGCAAAUUAAUCACAAUCUCACAUGUCCCUACAGUUUGAUUUUAAGUUUCUCAGCUCAAAACACUGCAAUGAUUUCACCAUGACUGCGGCUGCAUUCGAUAUCACAUAGUUUUUCUUUUUACUUUAAGUACGUACUACAGCUAACAAAGCAAAUACUGUUUCAUACAGUGUGCAUACAAUUGGGACAUACUACUUUGUCACAAAAAUGCGCCUUAAGCUUUAACCGUCAGAGUCUGCAAUACUUUCGUGACACAUUGUGACAUAUGUAACAUCACUGCAUGGAGGAUUGUGGGUCAGAAUGGCCACAUAAACAUGCUGGCUCGCAUAUGGCAAAAUCUGAUCGGAUGUAGUCGGACAUCCAGGUAUUUCUGAGUACUUCAUUUGAUAUACUAUAUAUACAUAUUCCUCUGCCAUACUAUCCAGUAUAGUAGUAUGGAUCUUGAAACACAGCCUACAAAACUGGUUUUAGGGCUGUUCUAAAGCUGCUGCUGUUUUCGCCUCCUUCAGGAAGUGCUGCUGUCUGUGUCUGUGAUUGACAGUGCCGAGCUGAAGCAAACGCCCUCAUAUCUUAACAGCUUUUAUUUUACACCUAUUGGUUUAUAACAGCCACAAAACACAAUAACAAGGAAGUUUUACCAUAUGGGACCUUAAAGACUAAAUGUUUUGUAGUAAAAGGUGAUUUUUAUAAACUGCUCUAGAUGCAAAAUAGAAAUGUAUCGCCUCGAAGACCUGUGCAAGACUUUUAAUGUUGUUUUUUUUUGUCAUUAUCAGCAACAUAUGCAUUUAAACUGUAUGCUGACAGUGGCACUCUGAAGUCAACACAUGUACAUCUUCAACACAUGCUGCUUACACUUUGUGGGCACACAAAAACCUCCACACACAGGUCUUUGCACAUGCUGCAUACCUUUGCAGGCGUGGAGGCAUUAGUUUACAGAGAUAACUUAUGCUUGGCAGAUUAAACUCUUUCAAAAUAACUUCACACCCCGAUUUAUGAAUAUCACCUUUCAUAAGAAACACCUAACAGCUGACUUGAAGCUUAGAGACAGUCCAAAGAAGAUGGCCUAUUUUAUAGCAAAAUGCAGGUUUAUUUGUUGUUUUUUUUAAAUUAAAAAAAAAAAAAAAAAAAGAUAAAUAUUUGUAUUAUCUCUUUUGAUAUUUCAAUCUUGAGAUUUUGUACAUACUGUAUGAUGUAUCUUAUCUUGUAUAACUCAUGAAUAAAUAUGGAGGUGUGUUUUUUCAAAUAGAAAA